AUGAGUAACGAAAAGGUUGACUUGGAUAGAAUAAUAGAGAAACUUCUUUCUGUUCGGAACAGUAAACUUGGAAGGCUGGUCCAUCUUGCUGAAGCAGAGAUAAGAUACUUGUGUGAGAAGUCGACUGAAGUGUUCAAGAAACAGCCUACUCUAGUCGAGGUAAAAGCCCCGGUUAAGAUCUGCGGAGAUGUGCAUGGACAGUACUAUGAUCUCCUGAAGCUAUUUGAGCACGGAGGAUUUCCUCCUUCCAGCAACUAUCUGUUUCUUGGAGACUAUGUAGAUAGAGGAAAGCAGUCUCUGGAGACGAUCUGCUUGCUAUUAGCAUACAAGAUAAAGUUUCCAAACAACUUCUUUCUUCUGAGAGGAAACCAUGAGUGUGCCAGCAUCAACAGGAUAUACGGAUUUUACGACGAAUGCAAGAGGAGAUAUGACACAACUGUGUGGAAGAUGUUCACGGAAUGUUUCAAUUGGAUUCCCAUUUCUGCACUUGUUGAUGGUAGGAUCCUCUGCAUGCAUGGAGGGAUUUCGCCUGACCUGAAAAGUAUGGACCAGAUAAAGGCAAUUGUGAGGCCCACAGAUGUCCCUGACGAAGGCCUUCUCUGUGAUCUUCUAUGGAGCGAUCCUGAUGCCAGUGUAAGGGGGUGGGGAGAGAACGAUAGAGGUGUUUCCGUGACAUUUGGGCCCGAUACUGUGGAAAGAUUUCUGGAGACACACAAUCUGGACCUUAUAUGUAGAGCACACCAGGUGGUAGAAGACGGAUACGAGUUUUUCGCCAACCGAUCUCUAGUUACGGUGUUUUCUGCACCAAACUAUUGCGGGGAGUUUGAGAACUCUGGGGCGAUUAUGGAUGUAGAUAAGGAUCUUGUGUGUUCAUUUCAGGUUCUCAAGCCUACUGAUUUCAUUGGAAACACAGAAUCUAAGAAGAAGCAGAUGGGGAUGCCUCGUAAAAAGUAA